AAUUUGUAAACGUAUUGAAAAUUGAAUCAGAAGAAGAAGAAGAAGAAGAAGAAGAAGGAGAAAUAAAUAAACACAAUGAUCUGAAAGUACAAGGAACAAGGAUAUUUGUCAAUUUAAAGUUAAAGAUAUAAAGUUAGAGAUAAAAAUUAGUUAUUAAAUAAUACGAAAUAAUAUCGAAUAAAAAAUAAUAGUUAAUUUUGGAUAUCAUCAUGAAAGUAAGAACAGCCGUAGUUACUUUAAUUUUUACUAUUAUAAUUGUAAUUGUAUUGUGCAAAAGACAAGGAGGAAACAAGCAAGAUCAACCAUUGAAUCAACAAAUGGAUCGUUUGAAGGAUACUUCCUUUAUGAAGAAACAACUUGAUUGUAUUUUAGAUCGAGCACCGUGCGAUAAAUUAGGAUUGAACAUGAAAACUAUGAUUCCAAAAAUGGUAGUUAACAACUGUCGAGAUUGUAACCCGUCAUUAAGACAAAAUUAUGGAAAAUUACGAAAUUUUAUGUUACAGUAUUAUCCAGUCGAAUGGAAUGCUAUAAUUAAACGUUAUUCAAAACUUCCACAUGCUUCCGCUUGAAAUUAGAAUAAUUCGAUCAUUGUAUCUGUAAGAUUGUUGUUUUUUUUUUGGUUUUUUUUUUUACUAUUUUAUAUACA